GCCAGGAAAGGCAGUAUUAUGGAAUACCUGCAGAGGACUUGAUCGACUUUCACCUUGGCGCACAUUACUGCCUUUGAGUGCAUUCACUAGGCCAAACGACAACUUCUUUACCAAACUCAGGAAAACGAAAAGCUGUCUCUGAUACAGACCGAGUGCGUGCAGGAGAGGAGUGAGAUGCCUCACACCAGAGACUCUUCACCUCCGACUAGCAGUGCAGGGAGCAGAGCUUCCUAUGAAACACCAGCGCUAUCAGACCUCCAGCGGCUCUUUUGGUUCAGAGGCGGGUCUGAUAAUCAUGUGGACCAAGUCUGGCCAAAUAUUUACCUGGGAGAUGCGUGGGCUGCUAGGAGCAAAACUACUCUUCAAAGCCUCAACAUUACUCAUAUCCUUAAUGCAGCAGAUGGGCCAUAUAGCAUCAACACAGGAGCCAAAUAUUACGAAGAUCUGCAAAUAGAGUACUAUGGAGUAGAAGCAUUUGAUGAUCCGUCCUUUGAUUUAAGUAUCUUCUUUUACGAUGCUGCCAAUUUCAUAGGCAAAGCUUUAAACACUUCAGGAGGCAAGGUGUUUGUUCAUUGUGCCAUGGGGGUGAGCCGCUCUGCAUCUUUAGUGCUUGCCUUUUUAAUGAUCCAUGAAAACAUGACACUGGUGGAUGCUCUGAAAACAGUGAGUGCUCACAGAGACAUCUGCCCAAAUUCAGGGUUCCUCAGCCAGCUCCGGGACCUGGACAUUAAACUAAACGAAGAGAGGAAAGGAACCAGAGCAUCUGCUACCAAAGAGCUGUAAGAGAGUAUCACUGGAAGAGAGAAGAUAAAAUGUUAUUUGAGUUUCCUGUAUCUCUUAUAAAUGAAUUGCAUUUGUAAACUAAGCACACAAGUUUAUGAUACACCAGAAUGCACGUUAUUACUAAAAGCAGAUUUUAGUUGAUCUUUCCAUUUUGCAAAGCCCUCCUAGAUUAUACUUACGAUUAGUUGUAUAUUGUAUCCUUUACUCUCCACCUUAAAACAUUGCUCUCUACUAGUUUAAAAAAAAAAAAAAAAAAAGAAAAAAAAAAGAUAUCAGGUUCCACUUCAGAAAUAGCUGUGUUUCAGCAACUAGUGAAGCUCAUAUCAGUUUAUGAAGUGUUAGGCUAUUUGAGGUGAAAGAUGCCAUAUUAUUUAUGCUACAAUAAUGCUUAGAAGUUUUCUCAUGAACCAGCACCCCACCCAUUGCUCCCCGUAUCCAAAAUGGUUUGUAUUUUGAGACUUGAAUCUGGCACUGGUUAGUUCUUGCUUUUACAAUUGGUGGAGCCCCUGAGUUGGGGGUAAGAGCCUGUUUCAAGGCAGAGCAGCUGGGAAACAACACAAGCCACUCUAGGAAAUAAUUCCAGGUCUCUAUAGUGUUUUCCCUUUGACUGUUCAUCAGAUUUUUUUCUUCCACAAAGAUACCUUCGUUUGAGAGGGCAUUCAAUUAUUGCUCUUCUCCCCUCAUAAAAUUCAUCCAGGAGAUGCAGUAGAAAAUGCUUCUGAAGAGGAAGGUGUGUUCCCAGCUGAGGCUCCAAACAGCUGCAUGGGCAGGAAAACAUUUGACAAAGAAGUUCAACGUAUCCCAAAUUUGUCUGACAGUUCAACAUUAUAAAACUUGGGAUUUUCUGUCUCAAAAAUAAAGGUC